UAGGCAAGCGUGCGUGCGUGUGCUGUGCUGCUGUACUGUCGCGCUCCCUGGUCGCAGCUGCCUCCCUCGUCUCGGACGACGGCGCCGCCAACUGCCCGUCCGUCCGUUCCCCCUCCCCUCGCGGCCCGGCGAGGCGAGAUCCGGAUCGCGCCGCCACUCCGCCAUGCAGCCGCCGAUCCUCCUCAACAUAGGGGGUAGCAUGUACGAGACGACGGCGGACACGCUCACGCAGCGGGAGCCCGGGUCGCUCCUCGCCUCCGUGGCCAUGCACUCCGGCGGGGCGCACGGCCUCCCCACCACCACCGAGGGGGCCGUGUUCGUGGACCGCGACGGGGAGCUGUUCCGGCACGUGCUCAACUGGCUCAGGGACGGCGCCGUCCCCACGCUCGCUGACGCCGAGUACCGGCAGUUGCUGCGAGAGGCGGAAUAUUACCGGCUUCCUGGAUUGAUCGAUUGCAUACACGAAAGAAUUGAGGAUGAUAGGCUAGAAAGCUCUUCGGAGGCCGAGCUGACUCGCAAGGAUGUGAUCAAGUGUAUCCAGGCUGAUAAAGUACGGUUCAGAGGCGUGAAUCUUUCUGGCCUUGACCUGUCCAAGCUUGACUUAUCAGAAGUUGAUUUCAGCUGCGGGUGUAUUGAGGAGACAAAAUUUUCAUUUGCAAAACUUCACAAAGCUAAAUUUGGGGAGGUUCAGGCUUCUCGUUCUUCAUUUCAUAAUGCUAAUUUGCGUGAGUGUGAGUUUGUAGGAGCAAAUCUUCAAGGGUCUAAUUUGGACAGAGCCAACCUUCAAAGUGCAAACCUACAAGAUGCAUGCUUGAUAAAGUGUAGCUUCAUUGAAACGGAUCUUCGUUCAGCACAUCUGCAGAGUGCAGACCUUACAGGUGCCAAUUUGACAGGAGCUAACCUUGAAGGAGCCAAUCUGAAGGGAGCUAAAUUGUCUGGUUCAAACUUGCAAGGUGCAAAUCUUCAACGAGCCUACCUGCGGGAAGUUGAUUUGCGUGAAACUCAAUUAACUGGUGCUAAGCUUGGUGGUGCAAAUCUACUUGGAGCCAUAAGAUAGUACAACAGGGGAGGAUCCAUCUUUGUCGGCACUGUUUGCCAAUGUUUGUCGGGGGGCAGUUAAUUACAGUCGUCUUUGAAUCUUGUACAAUAUUAUCAUUAGCCCACAUCUCUAGUUCCUAUGUACCACCAGUGAUUUGCGACGUCACUCUGCCUAGUAGCAGUGGUCAUGAAAGUUCAGCUUACGCAUCGUCGACACAAAUAAUUCGAUAUUCGGAGCAUCUGAAGCUCUCAAUCCUGUUUAUUUACAGCGAUUUUAUUCCAUUGUAUCCU